UUCCGUCACAAAUCCGAAAUGUUGAGAAGAAAACCCACAAAAAUCCAACUUAAAAUUGAAGACCGAGAAGAGCUUGAACAAUCCCGCAAAUCUGAACCACCCACCACCACCACCACCACCACCGCUCCAUCUUCCUCUUCCCUCCUCCACCUCAUCGACCCUAAACACAAAAACCCAUCUUCCAAAUCCGACCGAAUCGGCCUCCCUUCCUCUUGAAACCAACCCUCCAUGGAAGUCGAAGUCAAGCUCCGUCUCCUCACCGCAGCUGCUCAUCUCCGUCUCACCACUCUCCUCACUCCGUUUCACCUCAAAACCCUCCACCAGCGCAACCUUUUCUUCGACACUCCCAAAAACGACCUCUCCCUCCGUCGCGCCGUCCUCCGUCUCCGCUACCUCCAAAACGCGCGGAGUCGGUUUCAUCUCCGUCGCGUCGUUGUAUCUCUCAUUAAAGCCAAACCAACGCUUGCAAUGAGAUUAGCCGGGUGGAAGGAAGACGAACAGGAAUUUGAUGCUGGCAUUAGCUCAAGGAAUGUCUGGAUUCCGCCGUCCUAA